GAAGCUCUAAUGUGUACAGCAAAACCAUGAUUAAUGUUCAAUAUUUUGGUAACUGGGGAUGAAUUUUUGUUACCAAAUUUAAUACUUUAAAGUUAGAACGUCAGAAAUCUCAGAAACAGAAAUGGAACUCCGAAAGCACUUAGGCAAUGCCAGUAAUAUAAGCCUAGUAUAUAAUGACCAAAAUACCCACCAUGUUAUUAUCAACCCAUCUUCCGCUUCUCAAAGAUCAGUCUAUCCUAUCAGCAAAAAUUCCAUCUUUCAAAUGUUAGCAAAAUUAGAAUUUUACAAAACCCUAACCCUAAUCAGAGACGCAAAAUCGCAAUUUUUUGCACUCUCUUGUCAUUUAAUCCACUCUUUCUCUGACGACGACUACGAACCGCCAUUUUCUCCAAAACCCCAGAAACCCAAAACCCCCAAGACCCAGCAAAAACAACCCGACCGGAGUUUAAAACAAAACAAACUCCCUCUUAAGUCUGAGCUUCCGUUUGACUUCGAAUACUCGUACUCGGAGACCAAUCCCGCGGUCGAGCCCAUAGGAUUCCGGGAGCCGAAAAGGUUCUCUCCGUUUGGGCCAGGCCGGCUUGACAGGAAAUGGACCGGGACUGCUGCAUUGGCUCAAACAGAAGUUGAUUUGAGUCGGUUCGAGGAAGAGAGGAACCGGGUUCUCGGGGACCCGCUUACGGAGGAGGAAGUUACUGAGCUUGUUGAGCGGUACAGGCAUAGUGAUUGUGGCAGGCAAAUCAAUCUAGGGAAGGGGGGAGUUACACACAAUAUGUUGGAUGACAUACAUAACCAUUGGAAGAGGGCUGAAGCUGUGAGGAUCAAGUGCUUGGGGGUGCCAACUCUUGACAUGGAUAACGUUUGCUUCCAUCUUGAGGAAAAAUCUGGGGGGAAGAUCAUUUACCGGCACAUUAAUGUCCUUCUUUUGUAUCGGGGUCGAAAUUAUGAUCCCAAGAACCGACCAGUUAUUCCUCUCAUGUUAUGGAAGCCCUAUGCACCCAUAUAUCCAAAGCUUGUGAAGAAUGUAGCUGAUGGCCUGACAUUUGAAGAAACAAAGGAAAUGAGAAACAGAGGACUUAAUUCUCCUCCUUUGAUGAAAUUGACCAGGAAUGGUGUGUAUGUGAAUGUAGUGGAGAGAGUGAGAGAGGCUUUCAAGACUGAAGAUGUAGUGAGACUAGAUUGUUCAUAUGCAGGUACCAGUGACUGCAAAAAGAUAGGUGUGAAGCUAAGGGAUUUGGUCCCUUGUGUCCCUAUCUUGUUCAAGGAUGAGCAGAUUAUACUCUGGAGGGGGAAAAAGGACCAGCCACUGGAUUCCAACCCCUCAAUGGAUCUAACAAGUCAAUAGGUUGCUUUCAUCAGAUUCUUAGAUGCUGGAAUUAGGUUCUACAUCUAAGUCAAUGACUUCAAUUUGCCUCUCCAAAUGAUCGACGGGGCAACAGAUGAUGAGUUGAUAUACUCUUAGCUCUUGUUAAAUGCAUUGCUUGCAUGAUUGCUUGGCCCCAACUCAAAUAAGCAGUUGCUUUGUCAUUAUGCCACUCUUUUUGUGUUCUUACUUCACUUGUUCAUAUUCAACUUCAGAGGAUUUGACAUAGGUAUGUUCCUUGCAUGGAGCAAGGGUCACAUGAAGUGCUUGGGACUCGCACUCCCUUGAGCUAAAC